AAGAUGUGAGUGAGAUGUCGUUCUGGAGCAGGGCCCGUCUUUCCCAGCAACGAGUGCGUUUGUUGUGGCUUUGUGCUCAAAAAGCGAUUCAUUCGUCUCAUUCCUUUACCCCCUUCUCUCCUUGACUUCACCCCAAAGCAAGAAUCCGCACAGACUCGAAGUCUAGUCAGCAUUAUUAUAGCCCAUGUCGGACUCAGGAAGCGCGCAGGGCCCAGGCGGGGGAAGACGGCCUCCAAAAGUGGGUGUCUAUGUCCCUCGUCACCGUCGAAAUAACGACGAAACCUCCGCCGUAGCCGAGUCAAGCGACUCAAGACAAAGCUCCACAGCAUCCUCCCCACGUCAGCAGCACAGUAGCAAGAACCAAAGAGACAACAAUAUGCCUAAAGAAGACUCCACAGAAGAGGGCAACUCAUCCAGAUCCGGACACUCUUCCGGUGGCGAGGUUCAACGGCGGGGUCGCGGAAAAUUCAUGGGACCAGGAGGAAGCGGAUCGACAAGUAGCGGCGGACACGGCGGUGGAAACACAAGGGGCCAUCGCGACAAUAGAAACGGUGGUACCGGGACAAGCAGCAAUAGCAACAACGGCAGCAACUCAUCAACAGCAUCUCCCUCACAGCAGCCAGUGCCCUCCGUACCAAGACACCCAAGGGGACGGGAUUUCGAUGCAACGGUGCUGAGGCGGUACAGCGAUGACGAGAACAAGCCGGGGUCGAGCUUUUCCCGAUCCAGCAGCUAUAGCUCCAAUCGAUCCAAUAACAGCAGCAACAAUAAUGGCGGCGUAUUAUCGCCAAUGCAUUCCUCGAGUACAAGACCUGCAGGGCGGAGCCAUGAUUCAUCCAACACGAAAAGAUCAGAUCGCGCAGACGAGGGGGCCUGGAGACGAGACGAUCCAAAAAAGGCAGAAGAUCAGGAUCGGGAGCAGAGGUCGAGCAGUAGAACCGAUGUCGAAUCAGAGUCCGACCUAUCAAACCAAUUGAAUCGGAUACAAUUGAGUGAGGAUAGCGACAAGAAGGACGAGACAGAGAGUGUAGAAGAACUGGAAGAAUGGGAGCUUGCGCUCCAAGAUUCAGACGAGGAUGCGAUACCACGGAUAGAGAACUCAACGGCCUCAAAGUCGGCCAAGCCGCACCCGGCAGAGCAUUUGCUCAGUUCUUCAGCGUCCAAGGCUCCCAAGACCGGAAACUGGUCCGAAGUUGCGAAUGAAGAAAUGUACAUCCUCGAGCUCUAUGACUUUUCGCCAGCGAUCAAGACAAUGCACCUAACAGAUAUGUUUGCGCCAUACGAGAACCGCUCUGGAGGAUUCAGGAUAAAGUGGAUCGAUGACACAAAAGCCCUGGUGAUAUUCGAAUCCGCUGCCGUUGCAAGCAUAUAUUGCUAAUCUCACAAAUCAGAUCGCGAAGAUCAAGCCUUAUAAUGGUGCAGAUAAGGACAUUGUUCGGAGCGCAGGAAACCCUUCCAGUGGGGCAUAUAAUGGCGUCAGACCCGCAAAGACGGAUUCUGUUGCUCGGAGACUAGUCCAGGGAGCGCUCGGCUUGCGUGUGAGGAGGACUCCAGAGCAGAUUGCAGAGGAAAAGGCACUUGUGCAGGCAGCUAAAGAAGCUCGUGAGGCUCAGCGACAAGAACAACAGCGACAACGACAAGAGAUGGACGCAGUAUUUGACUCUUAAGCAAGCUGGUACAAUUUCUCAUUCGUACAACC